CUCUACCCCGCGCCCGAGCGCCUCCUCCGCGAGCUCGCCUGCCCGCACGGCCAUGGCGCCGCCGGCCUCCAUGGUUCGCCUUCGCCCAGCGCGUCCCGCCUCGUUCCCGGAUGGAACCGGUGUUCCUGCGCCUCCUCCUCACCUUGAAGCCCCGUGCCCGGUCCCGUCCAUCCCGUCCCCCUUGUCCCUCGGUAGCUCCUCCGUCGCCCGCCUCCAUUCGCCGACCCCAAGCGGCUGCAUCCACGCCCGAGGCCCCUACCGCUUGCCUGACGACGUCGUCGGCGACCAGCAGGAGGCCGACGCUGCUCUGCGAGAUGAUGCUGUCGUGCUCCUGCCCCGUUCGCCUCGUGUCCUUCUGGUUCCGGACAACGCCGAGCUCCGCUCCAUCAAGCUGUCGAGGGCUACCUUCUCGGCCUCCUUCUCGCAGUUUCGUGCUCCCUCCUGCCGCUGCUCCGCCUCUCCUACUAUUGCUGAGCCGUUGACACAUGCCGCUGCCUUCAUGUCCACCGAGCUGCUCAGGUCGACUCCCAGCCCCGCACAACGAGCUCCAAGUGCCACACCGACCUGAGGACAUGGGAUUUUCACCAAGUAAUCUAUAGAUUUGAAUCGCUUGCACCAGGGUCACCUUCGUCAAGACCGAUGCCCGAACGAGCGCCCUUUGCGUGGCUUGCGACAAGGACCACUACCGUCGACCUCGUGGAUGUCAAGUUCGACUAUAACGUGUGUACGCCUACCAUCACGAAGACCCGUAUACGACUACCGUCGACCGCGAAGGGCUUGGAGUCAUCAAGUACCUCUUCGAUACGAACGUGUACGACUACUUCCACUACCGUCGACACGUGAACAACUACUUCCCACGACGACCCGUGAACGACUACUUCCUC